AUGACCUAUCUGCAGAAUCAACAUCAUCGCAACGAUUCUCCAGGUCCUGAAAAAGUGCGCCAAGAGACUAGGACGACUACAAUUUCUACGACUACGACAACUGCUUCGACCAUGCCUAUUCUCACUUCUGAUUCAGAGCCAACUAUGUAUAGUUCGCACAAAGCAACAGCCCUGCACUACAGUGGUCGGUCGGGUCAUGGCAACUCAACUAAGCACAGUAAUCUUGAAUUAGACAAUGGUACUCAUCACAAUGGACGGUCAACCAACAAUAAUCGAUCUUCCUCACAGUCAUCCAACUCGUCGUUUAAUGGUCAGACCCUGAACCAUAAGAGUAGUCAACAUGGCCCGAACACCAAUAAGACUGGCGGUUUGGUUGGUGGUAGCUCGGGCUUCACCAGCCAUGAUAAUGGCUCGAAUUCAUCGUUACCUCCUGGAAAGACGAGUGGGGACCGAGAGAGACUGAGGUCGAAUCCACACGAACACUCGGACUACUCGAGCGGUGCUCACAGUUGGCCUAUUCUCUUCGCCGUGAUUCCACCGUUGGGCGCGCUUGUCUUUGGAAAAGCGGAUAUCUUUAGCGACAUUCUUACACUGAUUCUAAUCGCUUUCUUUCUUUAUAACAUCAUCAAAGUUCCAUGGGAGCUGUACUAUGCUGCCAGAACGAGGAGAGUAUUGUUGACAUCUGUGAGUGCCAAUGCUUCUUUCGAUCCUCUCCUAGAACAGAGACGACAGAGCGCUGCCGCCAGUCUUCGUCGCCAAGAAUUCUUCUCGCUCUUGCUCGUCCUGGCUUCUCCUUUUCUCGGAGGCUAUACUCUGCAAUAUCUCAAAACCUUUUUUUCAUCAUAUGAAAACUAUCUUUCGGCACUUAACAUUGAGCUUUUCAUUAUUGCAUCUGGUAUCAGACCCCUCACGCACCUGAUCAGUCUAUUGAAGUCACGUGCAUUACAUUUGCAAGAACAGAUUCAUUACCCAAAUACAGAGGUGGAGCUGCUGAAAAGGAAGGUCGCAUCGAUUGAAGCUGAGCUUUCACAACUGCGACGCGCUUUUGCCACAAAACACGAUGUUCUGAAGGUUCAGGAUAGUGUCGAGCCAACUCUUCAUCAGCUCACGAAGCAGAUCAAGCGUCAUGACAAGAAAGAGAACAUCCUCCGAUCAUACACUGAGGAACGCUUCGCGAGCAUUGAUGAAAAGUUACGCGAGUAUGAUACUAUUCUGGCCUAUCGCAUCACGGAGGAGCAACACCGCUCCAGUCUACUGUUCUUGCCUAUCAAUAUUUUGGUGGCUAUGCUGAGUUACUGCACGUUUUUCCUUCCGCAGCGAUUGACCGGUAUUACGGGAACAAAACAACAACCUAUGCUCAAGAACGCUCCAACUCCAGCAGCCAUUAGUGACGGUGCCACGAACGAAACUAUUCAGAAUGGUGGCCAGCAGCAGUAUUCUUCCAAGUCUUUCCUGAACAGUCGUCAGCCUUCGCACAAUCCCAUCACGUCGACAAGAGAGACGGCGCGUCUCUAUUGA